AUGGGAUGUGAAAGAAAGAAGGGAAGGGAACAAAGAAAAGAGAAGGGGAUGAAAGAAAAGAGAAGAGAAUGGAAGGGAAAGGAAGGGAUGGAAAGGGCAGGGAAGGGAAGUAAAGAGAAGGGUAUCAUCGCCCUGAAGGACGUCUCAGUUGUGAUACCUCCCGCAGUGAGAAUUAUGGAUACAGUGACGCUCCAGUGCGACUACGACCUGGAAGGGGAGCCCCUCUACACCUUCAAGUGGUAUAAGGGCACGAAGGAGUUCUACAGAUUUAUUCCGAAGGAGCUUCCCAAUACGCAAGUGUUCCCCCUACCUGGGAUCAAUGUCGAUCUCACCAAGAGUACUCCCAAUAAGUUGGUUCUGAAAAACGUACAAGCUGAAGCAACAGGACGAUACAAAUGUGAAGUGUCUUCGGAUGCACCCAACUUUUAUACCUUUAUGCAGUCGGGGUACAUGUAUGUUAUCG